UCAGAAGCCAUUUUGGGAUGAAGUCCCUGUUGAGAAAGAAAGCCCAUGAAGAUGCUGAAAUCAACGAACAUGGUUACAUUUCUGUCUGUUUCUCCCUCCGUCUCCUCAAUUGCACCAUGGCAGCUGUCAACCGACGGGACAUUAGCAAAGGCGGGGUGUCAAGCUGAGCUCACAGGGUUAAAACGCCAUUGAUAUGAGAGAGGAGAGUGUCUGUUUUACUGUCUCUGUCUGUCGAGACAUGUAACACCGUGAGUCUUUUCCAGUCUGAACUCUUCCAGCAGCUCUCACACACCAGCGUCUCCUCGAGUGACUGAGUUAAUGCACUCUUGUGCCGGGGAAGGGGAGGCAGAUCCGCUUUCCAAUGGCUUCUGUGAGCCUGGUUUCCAGUCCCCCAGCCCCUGUUCUUGACAAAAACAUGACAGACUCUGAGCUUGCAGGCGACGAAAGGGAGGAUGGCGAGCUGGAGGAUGGGGAGAUCGAUGAUGAGGGGAUAGGAAUUGAAGAGGAGAACAAAGAAGUUACAGAGGUGAAAGAAGAGAAAGAGAAGGAAAAGGAAAAAGAAAGGGAGAAGACUAAAGAGAAGGAAGAAAAGCUGCACAGACACUCCAGAAAAAGAUACAAGAAGAUCAGAGAGAAGAGGAGGUCCAAAAGAAGGAGACGUGACCGACAGAAACAUCACUCCCCCUCCAGCAGCUCCAGCUCCGACAGUUACGACUCUGACUACGACCGACAGGAAAGGCCCAAAAACAGGAAGAGCCACGGCUGCAGCCGUGACCCCGACGGCCAGGCGUCUCAGCAUAUGAGGGGAAGCCACGGAAACUCCAAGAAGUGCUCUCCACAAAAGAGCAGCGACUUUGACAAAUACAGCGACUACAGUGAUGACAAGUACGACUACGACGAGGAGGAGGACGACUAUGAAGAUGACAUGUCCGAGUAUCAGCAGCCAAAGGAUUCAGCGAGUCAGGGGAGGGGCCGCCACGCUAAAGACCAGAUGGGCAGAGGAAGCAUGAGGGGGAUGAAGCACCAUCAGUUUGGACCAAGAGGACGAGGCAGAGGGAUGGGACCAGGGAGGGGGCGUGGCAUGCUCAACAAGAACAAGAAGAUGAAGGGCAAACCCUGGGGGGGGCGAGGACGGGGUCGCGGAGGAGACCAGAACAUGGAGGACACGGGAAUGGAAGGAAAGAACUCUUCAGGCUUUCAGAAGAAACGGCCAAUCAUGAGCAAGGAGUUCAUCAAUCAGCACACAGUCGAACACAACGGCAGAUACAUCUGCAAGUAUUUCCUGGAGGGUCGCUGCAUCAAGGGGGAACAAUGCAAAUUUGAACAUGAGCUUGUUAUACCUGAUAAGAAGAAGGAGCUUUGUAAAUUUUACCUUCAAGGAUACUGUAGCAAAGGAGAUCACUGCAUUUACAUGCACAAUGAAUACCCCUGCAAGUUCUUUCAUACUGGAGCCAAAUGUUACCAAGGAGACAACUGCAAGUUUUCCCACAACGCCUUGACUGACGUGACCAAAGAGCUGCUUGACAAGAUAAUUAGCACGGAAGAGGAGAACGCCCGCGAGGAUGAGCUGGAACUGGAGGAUCUGAGAAAACAGGGCAUCUCCCCGCUUCCCAAGCCGCCCCCCGGCGUGGGGCUGCUGCCCACUCCUGGUCAGAGCAGUCCCACGGACGGAGCCUCCGGCAAGAAGAUCCCAUCUCUGUUUGAAAUCAAGGUUCAACCGACUGUAGACUUGGCACAAAAGAUCGCUCUGGGGGGAUCCAACUACUCCCAGGGCGAUGGCGCUGAUCAGUUCAGUGGCAGUCCAGAGAACGCAGAGGGCACCGCCCCGGUGCCUUCAGGUCCUCCUGUUCACCCCAUCCCUCCCCCUGAGUCAGCUGCUCUCAUGGGGCCCCCUGCUGGACCUCCGAUGCCCCAGAGCCCCCCAGGACUGCACCCGCCACAUGGAUUUCCAAUGCAGCCACCGCCCCCCUCCGGUCAACCCCCACCCUUUCACGGAGCUAAUAUCAACCCGCAGAUGAAUAUGCAGAGGCCUCCGUUCCCUCCUCCAGACCUACAAAUGCUGCAAAGUCUCCUCCCUUUUCAGCCAAUGGGUCAGAACCCGGUGGAUUUCUUGAGCAGCUUCCUCCAAAACCCGGCCGUCGGUCAGCAGGGAGUAGACCCAAGUCUGGCCUUUGCACAGAACCUCCAGCAGCAGAUGGGUGCAGAGACACAGUUCCAGUCUUUACCACCAGCAGUGCAGAAAGCCAUCCUGCUACACCUAACCCAGCAGCAGCAACAAGAGUCACAGGGAAACGAGCCGCACAGAGACGAGGACCAGGAUAACAACAGUGAAAACAGAGCUGACACCACCAACUGGUACUCCAGUGAUGAGGAGGACGGGGGCUCGUGCGUCUCCUCCAUCCUGAAGUCUCUGAAGAAGCAGAGCGAGCUGCAGCAGUGCCAGUCAAAGCCUCCCCAGGCUUCCCCGGGAGCUCUGACCCUGGGCGAUCCUCGGCUUGUGAAGGAGCGGGCUGCUCCCAGCGACCCUCGCGUGAAGACGGACCCCAGGCAACGACUCCUAGACUCCAAGAAGGAGUUGGACGGUGCUGCAGAUCCCCGGCUCUCCAGAGACCCCAGGAAGGUGAGACCGGCGGAAUCCACUCCCUAUCGCCAGCAGGGCCACCCCGCUCUGCACAAGCCUGCGACGGGAGAGGAGGACGACGAAGGAGAGAGGAGACUGAAGGACAGAGCUGUGCUCAUCCCCCAGGAUGCCAGCCCUGGCACGGAGCUGCGGGACCCUCGCUGCCAGCUGAAGCAGUUCAGUCACAUCCGGGUGGACAUCUUGCUUCAGCGGCCUGCCUUUGCUCAAACGGUGGUGUGGGGUCCUGAGGAUCUCAUUCCUUCGCUGGUUCCCAAACAGGAGCACUCCAUCAACCUUCCCCUUCCGCCUCUAAUCGCCGACGCCCAGAUGAACCGAGCCAGCCUGCCAGAUCAGACCCUGGUGUGCAGCGCUCCACUAGCCGACCCCAGACUCGGUGCUUCACGCUUGAAGGAGCGUCCCACUCGAUUCCCCAGCGGAUCGUCAGAGGCCCGAUCCUCCGCAGAGAGACCUGUAGACCCACGCCAGCAGAAAUCCUUAGACCCCAGACUGAAGCGUACGGGGAGUCUGGACUCCAGACUGCUGGGCCAGAAAGACUCGUCCUCCGCCGGAGGAUUGGUGGACCCCCGGCUACAGAAGACUUGUGCCGGCAGCUCUCCCCAGGCGGCCCAAGCCAAGCCAGAGCCCGAGAAGCUGCCGCCGUACGCCCCGAGACUGUCCUCCUCCGGGGGAGGGAUGGAGAGCCCCACUACAAUCCUCGGGGGCAUCAGCUUGUACGACCCUCGUUCUCAAACCGAGCAGGCUCACAAGGAGCAAGUGGAGCCCCCUAAAAAGGCGGGGAUCCUCAAGAACCCUGCCAAAAGAGGGAAGACUCCGACGCCAUCGCUCUCACCAGCCCAUCAAAGCAUCUCUGUUGAGGAAGUGACGAGCACAGACGUUUCCUCACAGCAGGCUUCUCCUCCCGCUUCACCCGCCGCGCCUCCCGCCUCGCCCGUCAAACCCCCUGCAGUUCACAACCUCCCCAUCUCGGCGCUGGCUGGCUUAAUCCGGCCCCCGUAUACCGACCCCAGGCAGGCGAAACCGGGAGGACAGGCUCCUGCAGCUGCACAGGAAGAGCUGCAGGACAAGAAGCAGCAGCAGCAGCAGCAGGAGGAAAAGGAGGAAGUAGUUAUGGAGGAAGAACCAAAUGAAAAUGAUCCAGAAGACGAAGCAGACGACAGGACCCUCAAAGAUGUCUUCAAGACCUUUGAUCCUACUGCUUCUCCCUUCUGUCAGUAAAUACUUAACCUAGGAUUUGUAAAUUAGUGAGACAUGUCUAUUAAUCUUUACGUAGCUCUUCAUGGAUAUAUUUAUUUCUGUAUAUAAACCUGUAUAGAAUACCACAACACACUUUUGUCAGUUUGGACGUUGUGCUGGACAGACGAGCCGACACAGUGUUUAGUUCUUUUUCAUGCAGUUAUACUAACGCUGAAAGGUGUAUGUUUGUAUAUAACUGUCUUUUAUAGUUGUGUAGUUUUCAACAUGUGUUAAACAGUCCUAAAGUGAGUAUGUUAUUUUUUUAUAUCCAAAUUCCACCUUGCAGAAAAAAAAAAUCUCUCUCCACGCAGAGAUGCUAAAUGUUAGAAUUUCUUUGAAAGUAUUGCUUUUUACAUAUUUAACAUGACACUUUUAUAUUAUUAAAUGUGUGUUUAUCCUAAUUUUUACAAGUUUUUUUUUGUACCACAUGACCAGAUAAGACUUUGUGAUUUGUCAACCUGUGAGAUGAUCGGUUCAGAUAAUCAAAACAGAAUCUGUUUUUAUUGUAAAUACCGUGUGCUGAUGUUGAUAUUUGAGAAUUUUUUUAUUCCUUGCCUGCAGUUUCCUAGUUUCUAAACUUUAAUCAGUUAAACUGUUGCAGAGAUCUUUGCACUAUAUCUGACGGUUCCCAUCUUUGCUGAACAUGUUAUUACACAUUUCUUUUCUCAAUGCGAGACUGGCUUUAAGGACAUGAACCUCCCUGUCAACUGAUGGACAGUGGUUACUUUCUUUGUAUUUAUCUGUGCCAUUUUUUGUCAAAAAGUACUCUGGCAAGCUUGUAAGUAGCAGGAAAAUACUCUUUGUUUUCUAAUUCAUUAAUAAUCAUUGUAAGAACUGGGGAAAGAAAACAUUUGAACGUAUUUUACUGAGAAAUAAGUAUCUUUCCUGAUGGUAUAG